AUGGGGGUGGGGGAAGGAGAUCGCAGGUCGGGGCCCAGUGCUCCCAGCUCCGCGAGGCUCCCACGCCCAGCGGCAUGAGGUGCCUGCUGUUUCUGCUGCUCUGGGGGCUCCCCCAGAUUUGGAGAAGUUCUGAGGGCUCCUCCAAUCUCCGUUCUCUCCCAGUCCCGCAAAGGAAUUUCCCGUUCCGCUGCCUCCAGAUCUCGUCCUUCCUCAACCGCAGCUGGGCGCGCACGGACGGCUUGGCGUGGCUCGGGGAGCUGCAGCCCUUCGUGUGGAGCAACGAUUCGGACACUAUCCGCUUCCUAAAGCCGUGGUCCCAGGGCAAAUUCAGCGACCAGCAGUGGAAGAUUUUGCAGCAUCUGUUUUGGGUUUAUCGAAGCAGCUUCACCAGGGACAUACAGGAAUUCGUCAAAAUGCUGCAAAUAGCCUAUCCCUUGGAGAUCCAGGUGUCUGCUGGAUGUGAGGUGCACCCUGGCAACACCUCAGAAAGCUUCUUACAUAUAGCAUUACAAGGAAGAGAUAUCCUGAGUUUCCAAGGAACUUCUUGGGUGCCAGCCCCAGAUGCCCCACAGUGGGUCAAGAAAAUCAGCAAGCAGCUCAACUAUGACCAAGGGACGAAGGAAGCAGUGCAGUUGCUCCUCAAUGACACCUGCCCCAAAUUUGUCAGAGGCCUCCUUGAGACAGGGAGGUCAGAACUGGACAAGCAAGUGAAGCCCGAGGCCUGGCUGUCCAGUGGCCCUACUCCUGGGCCUGGCCAUCUGCUGCUGGUGUGCCAUGUCUCAGGAUUCUACCCAAAGCCUGUGUGGGUGAUGUGGAUGCGGGGUGAGCAGGAGCAGCGGGGCACUCAGCAAGGUGACGUCCUGCCCAAUGCUGAUGAAACGUGGCAUCUCCGAGUAACCCUGGAUGUGGCAGCAGAGGAGGCGGCCGGCCUGACUUGCCGAGUGAGGCACAGCAGUCUAGGAGGCCAGGACAUCAUCCUCUACUGGGCAGAGCGGAGCCGUGCUUCCGUGGGCUUGAUCGCCGGGGCAAUACUCGUGUCCCUCCUGAUCGGUGGAGGCUUAUUAACCUUCUGGUUUAAGAAGCGCUGCUCCUAUCAAGACAUCCUGUGACUGUCCUUGCCACACUUGUCUGUCUGGAGCUCAGGACCUCAGGUUCUGAGGACUUCAGUGCUCGGGAAUUGAGAGUAAAAGAAAGGACUUUGAGGAGGGGGAGAACAGUCAUAAAGCAGCUCUCAUCACAUCCUUUUAACAUUUUUAUCUAAGAAGAUUUAAGUUCUUUUUCCAUAUACUACAAGUUUAUGAGCCCAAGUGAUUCUGUGAAAAUGGAAGUGCACCUUCAGGUGCCUACCAAGGGCAAGCAGACAAGGGCCGUGGUGUAAGGGCGUGCAUGCUCGGUGUUUGAAUGAUGGAAUCUGCAGUCAGCUGGAAAGCACUUGUCCUGUCCAAAGGAAGCAGGUCCAACUGCUUGUCGUCAAGUAUAAAGUAAGACCCUGGGUUGGCUGUAACGUACAUUUUUCAAGAAAAGUGGAAGACUGGAUUUUUAUGUGAACAUGCCUGAUAUUAAAAUGUUGACUCAAAUAUUUAUGAAAUGUGUGGUAUGAGAGACCCCAAAUACACCUCUGCUGGCUGACAACAACCUAGCGGUCCCAGUUAGUGUCUCUUUUAUAAAAAGUUUGUCCUGAGUGAUAUAUUGGCAGUUUUAGGACAUGGUUUCUAUUGUAAAUUUGGAUUUAUAAAAAGGGGCAUUUUGGGGCCAGCCUGGUGGUAUGCUGGUUGAGUUAGUGUGCUCUGCUUCAGUGGCCCGGGGUUCAUGGGUUUGGAUCCAGGGUGCAGACCUACGCACUGCUCAUCAAGCCAUGCUGUGGUGGUAUCCCACAUACGAAAUAUAGGAAGAUGGGUACAGCUGUUGGCUCAGGGCUAAUCUUCCUCAGCAAAAAGAAGAAGAUUGGCAAUGGAUGUUAGCUCAGGUGCCAAUCUUCCUUACCAAAAAAAAAAAAUAAAAAGGGACAUUUUCUCUUUCAGAGAAAGUUAAGUUGUAAGAAACAGAGGUGUCUCCAGCUUCUACUUGGUGUAACUUGAUUAAAAGAGGAGAAAUCUUAGUGUAUGUUUAUUAUGUAGAAAAAAGCUACUCUGGGUAGGGAUAUUUCUGUCAAAUGGCCAGUAAUUUUUUUCAGACUGGAAGAAGAGUGUCAUGAAGAUAUCCCCCCCAAAACGGGCUCCCCUCCUUAUAGGCUAUUAAAGGAGACCAUGUUCUCAGGUUGGAACCCACUUGGGCUGAACGCAGC